AUAAUAAUAAUAAUAAAUAAAAAUGGAGAAGUACGAGUCGGUGAAAGAAUUGGGGAGUGGCAACUUUGGGGUGGCGAAGCUUCUCCGCCACAAACACACCGCCGACCUCCUCGCCGUCAAAUACAUCCCCCGCGGCCCCAAGAUUGAUGAGAAUGUAGGGAGGGAAAUCAUAAACCACAGAUCCCUCCGCCAUCCCAAUAUCAUACGCUUCAAAGAGAAACGCAUUUGGGGAUAGUGAUGGAGUACGCAGCGGGUGGCGAACUUUUUGAUCGCAUCUGCCAAGCUGGUCGGUUCAGUGAGGAUGAGGCGAGGUACUUCUUUCAGCAAUUGAUCUCCGGGGUCAGCUUCUGCCAUUCCAUGCAAAUAUGCCAUAGAGAUUUGAAAUUGGAAAACACGCUAUUAGAUGGAAGCCCAGCUCCUCGCCUUAAGAUUUGUGACUUUGGCUACUCUAAGUCAUCGGUGUUACAUUCCAUGCCAAAGUCGACGGUUGGAACACCUGCUUACAUAGCACCAGAGGUUCUCUCUCGUCAAGAAUACGACGGCAAAACAGCAGAUGUAUGGUCAUGUGGAGUAACUCUGUACGUGAUGCUGGUGGGAGCUUACCCUUUUGAAGACAUUGAUGACCCCAAAAAUUUCAGAAAAACCAUCACCAAAAUAGUGAACGUGCAAUACAAGAUUCCAGACUACGUUCAUAUAUCUCAAGAUUGCAGGCAUCUUCUAUCUCGCAUUUUUGUCCCCAGCCCUUCCAGGGUAAUAACCCAUCUAAUUAAUUAACCUGCUUUUAUACAUAAACAUGUUUGAUGAAGUUUCAGCAAAUUCAAUUAAUUUUGAUGCAGAGAAUCACAAUAGAUGAGAUAAAGAGCCACCCAUGGUUCUUGAAGAACUUACCAAGGGAACUCACUGAGUCAGCCCAAGCAAUCUACUACCAAAGGAACGCCGCAACCUUUGCCGGCCUGCAAAGUGUUGAGGAGAUCAUGAAGAUUGUGGCGGACGCUAGGAAUCCCCCAACAAUGUCCCGGACCGUCUCUGGUUUCCCUUGGGGGGACGAAGACAUAGGAAACAGCAAGGAGGCAAUAGU